AUGUUUGAUAAACUCAUUUUUGCGAGCUUGGCUUUACAAUUAACUUGGGCAACACAAGUAAAGCGGAUGGUGAGGUCUGCCACAUGUGAUUCAACUACCAGUGGAUCAACCAAAUGUGCAGCAGAAAAGUGCAAUGUAUGGAUUGGAGGAAAGGAUUAUUGCUCGCAAUGCUCUACUGAUGCUGAGCUUCUUAUUGAUGGAGGAUGUGCCCCAACUACUUCAGACCUAGCCAAAAAGUGUAUAAGUGAUAACAAAGGUAAAUGCAGUUCCUGCGGAGAUGGCUACUUUCUUCACAAAGGUGGGUGCUACAAAUUUGGUACUGCACCAGGAAAUGCCGUGUGUACUGAACCAUCUGCACCCGGAGAUUCUCUUCCCGCAGGGGUGUGCACAACUUGUGGAUCAGGGUACUUUAAGAAUCCAGCAGAAAGCGCGGCAAGCACACCGCCAUGUAUUGCUUGCAAUGACACAGCUGGCAAUAGCGGAAACACUGGACUCGUUGGAUGCGGUACUUGUGACCCUCCUGUUUCUGGACAAGCAACAUGCACAUCAUGUCUAGAUGGAUUUUUUGGAAUAGGUGAGGGCACUGUUACUUGCACUGAAUGCACAGGAGAAUGCAAAACAUGUAAGGGUGGUGCAGACCAAUGUACAUCUUGUAAAACAUCAUCAAAAUACUUGAAAAUUACAGACUCCGUCGCUGAAACCGGCGAAUGUAUUGAUCAAGGACAAUGUACAGAGACUCAUUUCGCUAUGGUAGAUGGUGGUAUAAAUAUGUGCUAUCUCUGUAAUACUACUGAUAAAGGUGGGAAAGUUGGAUGCAGAACAUGCACAAAAAGUGGUACAGUAACAUGCAAGACGUGUCUUGAUGGAUUCUUUGGUACUACUGAUUGUGUAGCGUGCCAUGAAGACUGCUUGACAUGCAAAAUCGAAGCAGCAAAAUGUACUUCUUGUAAGGCAGAUACUAAGCCAUACUUUAAGGAAGGAGCUGAUAAUGAUCAAACAGGCACAUGUGUUGAUGAAGUCGAAUGCAAAGGAGAUCACUUUUCUACAAUUGACACUAGUAACAGUGAUAAGAAAAUAUGCGUUCCUUGCAGUAAGACUGACAAGGGUGGUAUCACUAAUUGUAAGACGUGUGCUUUUAAGGUAUCUUCUACUGAAGAAAGACCGGCGAUCACCUGCACCGAGUGCACCACAAACAACCUGAGCCCCUUGAAGGACGAGUGCAUGGCGGCCUGUCCCGCCGGCACAUAUGCUAAUAAUAAAGUGUGCGCCUCCUGCCACUCGUCGUGCGCCGGUUGCCAGACCGACGACAGGGAGACCUCCUGCACGGCCUGCUAUCCCGGAUAUUCCCUUCUGUAUGAGCCCAACGGAGCAACUGGGAGGUGCGUUAAGGAGUGCACUGGUGCGUUCAUUACCAACUGUGCGGACGGGCAGUGCACGGCUGACGUGGGGGGUGCGAAGUACUGUGCCCAGUGCAAGGACGGGUACGCCCCGAUCGACGGAAUUUGUACAACGAUGGCAGCUGCCGGAAGAGAUGCGAGCGUAUGCACGGCGGCAGGCGGGAAGUGUACGGCGUGUACAGGAGAUUACGCCCUCGUCUCGGGUGGAUGCUACGGUAUUCAGAAACUUCCUGGGAAGGCUAUCUGCAUAGCAGCUAACAAUGGAGAGUGCACUACUUGCGCGAACGGACAACAGCCCAGUGGAAAGGUCUGUCCGACAUGUCCAGCUGGCUGCUCAAAAUGUACAGGAAGUGCUCCUUCACAGCAGUGUUCGGAGUGCUUCCCAGGAUACUACAAGUCCGGGGAUAAGUGCGUAAAGUGUGACAAGGAUAGUGAAAAUAUUAAGGGUGUGCCAAACUGUGUGAGCUGCAAGGAGCCAGCCAAUUCUUCCGGGGCUGUUACUUGCUAUUUGACACAACAAAAGACUGACGAUGGCACCGGCGGAGACACUGGAGGAGACAGUAUGAACAAGAGCGGCCUCAGCACUGGCGCCAUCGCGGGGAUCUCCGUCGCAGUCAUCGUCGUCGUCGGAGGGCUCGUCGGCUUCCUCUGCUGGUGGUUUAUCUGCCGUGGAAAGGCGUAG